CAAGGGCGAGGCCUCCUGGGAGCCCAGCCAUCCCCCAAGGCAGGGAGCUCAGAGCAAGUGAGACUGAACUCAGCCUGGGUCUGGCUGGGGGAGAUCCUGGACCGCCCACUUACUCCCCUGACCACCCACCACCAUGGCCCUGGCCCAACAGCUGCGGGUGGAGAGCGACUUCGAGCAGCUUCCUGAUGACGUGGCCAUCUCUGCCAACAUCGCCGACAUCGAGGAGAAGAGAGGCUUCACCAGCCACUUUGUUUUUGUCAUCGAAGUGAAGACAAAGGGGGGAGCCAAGUACCUCAUCUACCGCCGCUACCGCCAGUUCUACGCCCUGCAGAACAAGCUGGAGGAGCGGUUUGGGCCGGAGAGCAAGAACAGCCAGUUCACCUGCAGCCUGCCUACACUCCCAGCCAAAGUCUACAUGGGUGUGAAGCAGGAGAUUGCCGAGGCCCGGAUCCCAGCCCUCAACGCCUACAUGAAGAGCCUCCUCAGCCUGCCCGUCUGGGUGCUGAUGGACGCGGACGUCCGCAUCUUCUUUUACCAGUCGCAGUACGACUCAGAGCAGGUGCCCCAGGCGCUGCGCCGGCUCCGCCCCCGAACCCGGAAAGUCAAAAGCAUGUCCACCCAGAGCACCAGCCUUAAACCCAUGGAAGCACCAAAAGCCGAGGCCCUGUUUGAUUUCACCGGGAACAGCAAGCUGGAGCUGAGUUUCAAAGCUGGAGAUGUGAUCUUCCUUCUCAGUCGGAUCAACAAGGACUGGCUGGAGGGCACAGCCCACGGAGUCACGGGCAUCUUCCCGGGCGCCUUCGUGAAAAUCCUCAAUAACUUCCCUGAGGAGGACGACCCUACCAACUGGCUGCGCUGCUACUACUACGAGGACACCAUCAGCACCAUCAAGGACAUUGCGGUGGAGGAAGACCUCAACAGCACACCCCUGUUCAAGGACCUGCUGGAGCUCAUGAGGCGGGAGUUCCAGAGAGAGGACAUUGCCCUCAAUUACCAGGAUGCGGAGGGCGACCUGGUGCGCCUGCUAUCGGACGAGGACGUGGGGCUCAUGGUGCGGCAGGCCCAAGGCCUCCCCUCCCAGAAGCGCCUCUUCCCCUGGAAGCUGCACAUCACCCAGAAGGACAACUACGGUGUCUACAACACGGCUCCGUGAGUGGCGGUGGCCUGAGGGACCAGGAGGGUGGACGCCGUCAUGCUCAGGGGCACACCAGGACUUUCAGGAAAGGCUCAGACUUCGGGCUCCAAGGCUGAUGGUUGGGCUGUGCUUGGCUUGCACUCUGUUUCUACAUUUACCCAUGCAUUAAAGAAACCAUUUCAUGUCAGAGGAAAGGAUUGGGGAAAAUUGUAUCGUCUGUGGACAGAGAGAAAAGGGAAUAAAAUACCAUUUAAUAAA